AUGACGUGGGUUUGUGAGUAAAAUGCAAAAAUUAAAGUUUUAGGCGCCAAUUUUUUAUUUUAAUUCUAUCCAAAGAUUCUAUCAAAUUGUAACACUCGUGGAAUCUACUGUGAUAUUUGUUUUAUGUUUAUUCAUAAAGGAAGAAAUGACUGAUACUUCGAGUGCAUCAAUAUGACAAAACUUUGAAUUCGAUUUCGAUUCAAUAGGAAUGUGCACUGUUGUAUAUUGUAAGUGGAAACAGUUUCAUAGCGAGAUGCUUAGCUGAGUUAUGUCCGAUUUGACGAAUGUGCAACUCGUAGAUGAUGAAGACUUUGAAAAUGUUUACAUUUCACAAAACAAUAAUAGUGUACGUCUCUUGAAAUCGUCAUCAAAGAUUUUAAAACGUAAAUGUCAUAAGGUGUUGAAAAAGAAACUAAAAAAAUAUAAAAUAAGAAGGAAUGGUGAAGAAGAUCCAGAUGUUUUAGAUGUUUCUAAAACAUUUCAUUCUUCUCUGAUAAUUAAAUCUCCAAGCUCACAGACAUCCCCUGAUAAUAAGUUGUACAUAAGUGAUUAUAUUCAGCCUAAUUAUCUAUUUAAAAAUAUGGGCAAAAGAAAAAAAUGUAACAUCCUCACUGAGUCUAAUAGAGAAAUUGGAGAAGAUCAGAAAAAGCCCGAAAUCUUAUUACCCCUAAUAACGAGUGAAAGCCAAGAUAAAACGCAUACAAAUGCUUUCAAACUACUUAUGGAUUCUAGACAUAAAAGCAUUGGAAGUAAUUCUCCAGGAAAAGAUAAACCUUUAAAUGAAGUUGAAAGUCAAGAAGUCACUGAAAAGAGGGAAAUGAAAGCUAAAAGAAUACUAUCUUUACAAAAAAUGGCAGAAGCUAAAGGUUCAAUUAAAAAACAGGAAAUAGAAGAACAAAGAGAAGGAUACAUAAAAAAACAAAUGUUAAAGCGUGCUGAAAGAUUUAAAGCCAUGAUAACUCAGGAUACUGCAGAACAUAAAAGUAAUUCGAAAGUAAAGGAACCAGCUUCCCCUAAACAUACAAGUGAAGUUAAAGAUAAUAGAAUUGACAUUAAAAAGACCUUGCAACUAUGUGAUAUGUUUGAACCAAUACAUAGAGAGACAAUUAAUGAAAAGGAGAAAAUAAAGAAAAUGUCUCAUGAAGAUGAAGAAUUUUUAAACAAGUUGUCACCAUCUAUACGGAAAAAAGAAAACAUGAUGAGUUAUUUCAAAAAAUUACCUAAAAGUCCUGAAGAAGAUGAUAUUGUCCACUCAGAUGAUAGUAGUCAUAAUAUUAUAAAAGUUAAAUUUACACCAAAACGUAAAAAGAAAUCAGUAAAGAAGAAAAAUGCUUUGCAAAGUUUAGUCACUAAUUCUUCAGAACAUCAUAGUAGUGAUAAAGAUAUCUGUGAGCAAGAUGCAGCACAAACAACUGUUGAUUGUAAAAAUGAUAUAAUCACAAAAGAAUCUAACUGCACAGUAGACCAAUCCGGAUUAACCAAUGAUGAAAGCAGGCCUAGGAGAAUCUCAAAAAGGCCUGCAAAAUAUAUUGAAGAUGUUGAGAUUUUGAGCUCAGAUGAAGAUCUUCAUAUUUUUACACCAAAGAAGAAAAAGAAUUUAGAGAAAAAUAAAAUUGUUAAAAAUGAUACAGAAGUAGAAAAAUCACUUUCUAAUGGUAAGGAUACAUAUACAGGAACAAUUAAGAAAAACACUAGUGAUAUGACUAAAAAUAAAAAUAGGAGCAAUAAAACUGUAAGUUUAAACCCAGUAGUGAGCUCUAAAAAAACAAUGAAAUCUUCUAACGAUACCAAGAGUAAUCCUGUAAAAUUAGCUCCUAUAUUUAUGUCAAAACAAACUUCAAAUUCAAUUAGCUCAGCUGAAAAAGUUGCAAAACAAAAAUUCCUACAAAGUGGAAUUCCAGAAAAAUUAAAAAAGAGUAUUCCUCCACAGCAAAGUAUUUCUGCACUUGAUUUGUUCUAUCCUGUUGUCCAUGUUCAACAAACCGAUACUAAAUUGCCAGGCUGCAUUACAAUUAAUUUUGACCAUAUUGUUGAUGACUUUAUCACAGACGAUUCACCAAAUACUGCAAAUGAAGAUGUAUAUAAAAAUCUUUUAAAUUUAAGUAAAAGGGAAACAAAAGCGAUUUCUUUAACCAAUAAAAACAAAGAUGACCUUUUACAGUAUAUCAAAAGUUCAUAUAAAAAAUUUCCAGUUUAUCGAACAUAUCAUUUGCUUAAAGGAAAAUGUAGAGGCGAAUUUAGAGAUUUUAACUACCCAGAUUUAGAUAACAGUAUAGAAAUAGUUAAUGGUUGCUUGUCUAAGGAUAGUGAUAUUGUCGAAAAAUUAUGUUGGGUAGAUAAAUAUAAACCCAAUUCAUCAAAACAAAUUAUAGGUAAUUUUUUAGCUAUUGAAGAAUUGAAAAAAUGGUUGCAAACAUGGACUGAAAAUUUAGUGAAGACACGGAAAAAUAUUGAAAGUGAUGGCUCAGAUUUUUCUGACUUUGUGGACUCAGAUGUGGAUAGCCGAGAGUCAUUCAGAAAUUCGAAUAGUGUACUUAUUAUAUCUGGAGACGUUGGUAGUGGAAAAACUUCUAGUGUAUAUGCUGUUGCAGCAGAAUUAGCAAUUAAGGUGAUUGAAGUAAAUGCCAGCAGUAAGAGAACUGGUAAAAUAAUGUUGCAAGAUCUCCAAGAAGCAACAAAGUCUCAUAAGGUAGAUAGAGGUAAAAGUGGCACCGAGUGCAGUCAAAAUAUUCAGGAAAUCCUUAAAACUAAAGGAACCCAUAAAAAAAGAGGAAGACCCAAAAAGAUUAAAGAAGUGGUAACAAAAAGCAACAGUAGUGAUUCACAGAAAAGUGAACUGAGUGAAACUCAAAGUCAAGAUAGUGUAAGAACAGAUAUGUCUUUAAUACUGAUAGAUGAUGCAGAUAUUGUGUUUGAUCAGGAUGAUGGCUUUUGUUCCGCUAUUUCACAAUUAAUUCAGAGUUCAAAACGUCCAGUGAUAUUAGUAACAAGUUCAUUAUCCUGUCCACAUCUACAGAAAUUUAUACAAUAUGGGAAGAUUAUAUGCAUGCAGCGAUUUUUGCCAAGGAUGCUUGGUGUAUGGUUGGAUAUUAUGUGUUUAGCUGAUAUAAGUACUUGCUGUUUAGGUCUUGGUAAUCAUUUAUUGGACUUUUGCAAAGGAGAUAUAAGGAAGACAAUUAACUGGUUGCAGUUUUAUAUGACUUCCUAUAAAUACAUAAAAGCUGGAUCUCCUUUGUCUGAGGAUACACUAUCACAAGAAUUGGAUAAACAUAAAUUUAAUAUUGAUGAUGAAUGUUCCAGUAUGUCUUGGUCAGACAGAGAAAGUAUCUUAGAUUGUAAUGAAGCUUCGAAUGUUUCUAGCAACUUUAUCCAAGCACACAUAAAUAUGAUACUUAGUAAUUUACCUCCGAAUUUAUUGAAUUUAUGGUGGAGUAUACCUAAAAUUUUAGAUUAUGAUAACUUAAUGAAAAAAGAUAAUCAAAAUGUUAAGAAACCUGGCUCAAAGCAGUUGUUAACUAUAUCUAAAAUGCUCGAUAUAGUUUCAGAGACUGAUUAUCUUACAGGGAAUAUUUCAGAUUGUAGAAAUGAUAUAACAGGUACAUUGUGGGGUUCAAAAGAAACUGCAAGUGUUGACGAAUCUGACAAUUUAGAUUACUAUGAUUGGUCUGAAGGGGUUAGAAAUGAUAUUGCUAGCGAACUUGCAAUGAGUGGUUUGAGGCAUUCCCAUAAAGAGUUAGAAUGCGAAACAAGUUUAGACAUGUCCAUUCCUGGAUAUACUGUUGAGAGGGAACGUGAUAAAAUUAUUUUGCGACACCACACAUUGACAAGUUACCUGAGUCCCGGCGCGGUGUUGGAUAGAAAAGCCUUAGCACUCGACUACUGGUCUUCAUGUAGAACAAUAUGCCGACUAGAAAAUAAUAAAACUGACGCAAAUGUAAAGAGAAACAAUCGUUUCUGCCAUUACUUGAAGUCUUUAAAUAUUCUAUGCAAAAAUGACUAUUUCGAUGCGCUAUCUAAAAGUCUCAGUGGAAAUGAUACUGGCAAAUUAUAAUAGAAAUUUAACUUGUAAGUAAGUUUAUCUAUAUUAUAUAUUUAUUUCGUAAAUUAAUAUUAAUUUACUUUAUAAAUCGCUCUGUUCUAUUUUUACAUCUUACUAGUACUGCACUGUAAACUUUAGAUUUAAAAACUAUUCAACUUUUACAUUAAAAUUGUUGACAUGUAAUAUUAAUUAAGUAAUAAAAUCACUUAUUUAUGA